CCACUCGGCCAUUCUGGUCGCGCACGUUGGCGGAGUUUGCUGUUCCUGCAUGCCAGGCGCUAAAUUGCCUAAUCCGUAGUCCGUUCUGUCGUCGGUCGUAGGUUGAAUAAUGGCUAAGAGUUUGCGGAGUAAGUGGAAACGGAAAAUGCGCGCAAAAAAACGGGAGCGUUACUCCGUGAAAGAACUGGCCAAGCUGAAGGAGAUGUUGGCGGCUGCUGCUACUUCCAAGAGCGACGUUGACAUGUCUGAUACGUGCACCAUCGUAGAUGGCAAGCAAGUCGCCGACCGUGCCGUCGAGUCCAGCGAGCCAUCGGGCACUCAAGCUGACGGGCAGGCCUCAACAGAAAUGGACGUUGACAAGCCUGUGCGGAAAUAUGAUCCCAAGACACUGAGAGAUGAGCAUGGCUCUUACCCUGUUUGGAUGAGCCAAAGAGCGAUCCGGAAGCUGAAAGCUCAGCAGGGACGAGGCAAGUCUCGAAAGUCAGCAUCUCACAAGGGCGUCAAGAAAAACAAAAAGCGCAAGUCCUCACGGUAGACGUUCGUGCUAGCUCAUCAAAUACCUUGUUAAUAGAUCUUGUCUGGGAAUAAAAACUAACCAUACACACUAA